CGUUUAAAGGGAGGAAUACGAUUCGUAUAAAAUCUGCAGAAAACAGCAAACAGUUUUGAUGAUAAAAUUAAAAGCUAUGGCGGUUGCUCUAUCCUCUUCCGGCGUCGUCUCUCAUCUUCAUCCUCCGUCGUUUUCUUCGUCGUCAGGUUUAUCCGUCAACAGAGUUCUGUUUCGGAAUCGGAACGCUAGUCCUCGUGGUGUAGCUCUUCCAAUUCUCAAUCCUUCUCGAUCUGUACUUGUUUUUGCUCGUGGGAAGAACCGAAAAGGAUUCGUGUCUUCGUCUUCUUCGUCGACCCCGAAGAAGAACAAAAAGAAAAGUUUCGAUGGAGCUGGUAAUGGAGGUGGUGAGGAGGAGGAUGAUCCAUUUGAGGCAUUGUUUAAUCUAUUGGAAGAAGAUUUGAAAAAUGAUAACUCGUCAAUAGAUGAUGAGGAGAUAAGUGAGGAAGACUUAGAUGCCUUAGCAGAGGAGUUAGCUCGAGCGUUGGGUGGUGGUGACGAUGUUGAUGGCAUUGACUUGUUUGGUUCAUCCACUGGUAAUGUUGAUGUUGAUGUUGAUGAAGAUGAUGAUGAUGAUGAUGACAGUGAAGAAGAUGAAAGACCGACUAAGCUGAAGAAUUGGCAGCUUAGAAGAUUGGCUUAUGCGUUGAAAUCUGGGCGCCGUAAAACUAGUAUAAAAAAUCUGGCAGCUGAGGUUUGUCUUGACAGAGCUUAUGUUCUUGAAUUGCUUCGUGACCCGCCUCCGAAGCUUCUAAUGCUAAGUGCUACACUACCAGAUGAAAAACCACCAGUACCAGCACCUGAAAACUCCUCAACUGAUCCAAAUCCUGUGGAAUCAUCAUCAGCUGAAGAUGUUGUGGUCGAACCUAAGGAAAAAGUAAAAGAUGAAGCAGUUCAUGUGAUGCAACAGAGAUGGUCUGCUCAGAAAAGAGUGAAGAAAGCUCACAUUGAAACGCUAGAAAAAGUUUACAGAAGAUCAAAACGACCAACUAAUGCCGUGGUUAGCAGCAUUGUUCAAGUGACCAAUCUUCCAAGGAAGCGAGUUUUGAAGUGGUUUGAAGAUAAAAGAGCAGAAGAGGGAGUUCCAGAUAAGCGAGCUCCAUAUCAAGCUCCGGUUUGAUCUAAUGUUAACAUUGAGAUGGGCAAUGAUUUGUAUUCUGGAGAAACUCAUCAACAGACUUUUUUUUUGGUAAUACGAGGAGUGUUUAUAUGUUUAGUAGAUUCUGUCGAAUGAUGUGGCUGGAUAUGUUUAGCUAAGAAAUUUUAGGAUAUAUUGGAUUCAGUUCUUAGUUAUUUUGCGUCCUAUACAAUUCUUUCAUUUCGUCCACUGUUGUUGUAGUAUAAAAAUUUUGUUUAGUG